UUCAUAAUUAAUGUCAACCAUUAUUAGGUGCGUUUAUUUUUUAUUUAUUUAUUUAUUUUUUGACAUUACACUCCUUCCUUUUAUUAGAUACUCGUGUGGCAUCCGUGUGCUGAGGAUGAUGAGGGAGAGGACGAUGGGCAACAGUGUGACCCAGCUGUAUAAAAAGCUGCAGGAACAGCAUAGUGAGGCAUGGAUGGAGCGUGUCCUGCAGUACCUCACAGCUUGUGAACCCUUCACAAGGUCCACUGUUGUCCGCCCCCCCGUCUUUGCUGAGCCUCCCUGCUUACCUGCCCUUCCCAAGCCCAAAUGGCUGUUAGCAGUUUAUGCCAGGGAUGUCCUCAGCCGGCUGCAUGAGGUGAAGGCCAAAAUCACCUCCAUCUUUGGCUCUGUCCUCAAGAUGGACUCCACCAAAAAGGUCACGAAGAAGCUUGCCGGUGCUGCUGCAGGUACAGCUGCCUGGUGCACCAACGUCGGAAAUGAGUACGGUCAAGUCCUAGUCUCAGUUCUGACAGCUGGUGAGGGACAAGCGCUUGACACCAUGGCAGCUGGCCUGGUGAAGCGGUACAGGACGGCAGGUGAGGCACCACCCAAGGUGAUCUAUGUGGACAGAGACUGCUGCAGUCAGCAUAGCCCUUGUCGGGUGAAGGCCAUGUUCGCAGGGUGGGAUGAGCUUCAGGUGCGCCUUGACAUCUGGCAUUUCAUGCGCCGUUUUGCUGCAGGCGUCACCACUGAGGCUCACCCCCUGUAUGGCAUCUUCAUGGCACGCCUGUCCACGUGCAUUUUUGAGUGGGAUCCGGAAGAUGUUGCUGCUCUUCGCCGCGCCAAGGAAGGUGAGCUGGCAGCAAGAAGUGUCGGCCACAUCUUGGAGGAGGCGGUGAGCGCUCACAUCACCCGGAGGGAGUUGGCGCUGCACUGCAGGAGGAGGACCAGAGGGGUGGAGGAGACCAGCAGACGGAUCGGUGAAUUGCUGGGAAUGGAGUACUUGUACAGCCAGACUGGCAAGGAGCUGACUCCAGUGCUCCAGAACCAGAAGAGGAGGACAGGGAGCAGUGUUGGACCGCAACUGGAUCGCUGGGUGGGACAAGGUCCAGGAUUUGGCGGUUUACCUGGUGGUCUCGUGAGGCUGCUACCUACUGACCUGCAGGUGACCCAGAUCAUCCAGCUGUGGAAAGCUCUCCCUGAGGUUGACAAGCAGCGUGUCAGCUACCAGCCUCGCCAUCAAGAGCGCCUGAAAGUGGGCGCUUUAAGGCCCCGAAGCGGUCUGGAGUCACACCGGGUGUGGAGAGUGUCAAGCGAUGCUUGA